AAAACAAUUUAAUUAAUGACACACACAUACACAAGAAAGAAAGCAAAAAGAAAAAGAAAAAAAAAAAGAUUAUUAUGUUCCUUAUUAUAAAUUAGAGGAAAAUAAAUAACAUGAUUCCAUCCAUAAGCUUUGUUGUAUGCAAGGUUCUCUCUUUCCAUUAGACUUCAUCUCUUUCUUCAGAUCUCUCUCUCUCUCUGUCUCUCUGUCUGUUUGCUUCUUCUUCUUGUUCUGCUUCUUGGCUCACGUACGUAGAGCUUCAAGCUUUCGAACGAUCUCUCUCUCUGCUCUUUUCACCUUUCAGCCAGACAAGAUGAUGAACAGCUGUGGAGUCCAACAAGAGAUGAGGAGAAACGCCGUCGUUUCUUCUGAUCGCCGUGACGCCGUGAUUUGUCCUAAACCUCGUCGCGUCGGUGUUCUCUCUUCUCGAUCUCUCCGUUGGCAACUCAAUCAUCAGAUGGAGUUAUGUGAAUCGAAUUCAAGAAGCGAGAUUUUGGAUUUCAUCCUCUCUAAGGGUAGUGGUGGUGGUGGGGAGCAAGAGGCGUGUCCUUUGUUCUUCACAGGGUCACCACCAAGUAGAGUUUCUAACCCAUUAACAAAAGACUCACUUUUUCGAGAAGAGCUUCUCGUGGUGACUCCUCCUACUCCAUCGACUCCUCGUGGUGGUGCUAACAAACCGCAGCCUCCGUCUUCACCAAGGAACGGGAGUUGCGUUAGGGCUGCUGCGGCGACCAGCUUCGGGAUUGAUCCCGUUGUUCGUGUUGUUGGAUUCGAUUGUGACAGGCGCAGCAGCAACCACCGUAGCGUUUCGACUCUUGCAUAAGAGCAGUCCCAACAUGCACAUAUUUAUAUAUAACAACAACAACAACAACAGAGAAGGCUUAAAAAAGGAGAAGGUUUAGGAAUUGAUUAUGAAUAUUAUUAUUAUUAUUAUUAUGGGAGGGUUUUUGUUGGUUAAAAAUGUGUAGAUAUGUUGAAAAGAACAAGAAAAAAGUGGGGAGGGAUUAUUAUAAAAUAUUUAGGGGUUUUGGGUGUCCAUUUUCUUAAAGAUUUUGUAAUUAAAAAAGGGGAAGAGAAGAGAGUGGUUAAUUUGGUGUCUUUAGUGAAAAAAAUAAGAGCUUAAUUUAGUGUUUCUUCCAUUGUAACAAAUAGGAAAAGCUCGAAAGAGUUUUGAAAUGUGAAGAUAUCAUUUCUACCCUUUAAUUUUGCUUUUGUAUAUUUGUCUCUUUUUGCACUGAUGUAAAUUUCUCAAAGGAGUUGAUCGAUCAGUUUUUUUGGAGAAUAUCUCUGUUAGUUCUUGUUUUGUGACAAAAACAAUAGUGAUAAUCGAUUGUAUAUAUUAUCGUUUUCACA